UGGCUGUCCUAAGGAAUGCGGUCGCCCCCCUGGGAAAGUACAUAUCAGGGAGCAGCAGGCAGCUCCGCGCUCGCACUCCGGCUCUGCCUCCCCACCGCGCGCGUCUCCUCUCGCUCCUCUGCUCCGCUGCCUAAGGGCCCCUCGCCACCGCCGCCAUGGACGCCAUCAAGAAGAAGAUGCAGAUGCUGAAGCUCGACAAAGAGAACGCUUUGGAUCGAGCGGAGCAGGCGGAGGCUGACAAGAAGGCGGCGGAAGACCGGAGCAAGCAGCUCGAGGAGGACAUCGCGGCGAAAGAGAAGCUGCUGCGGGCGUCGGAGGACGAGCGGGACCGGGUGCUGGAGGAGCUGCACAAGGCAGAGGACAGCCUCCUGGCUGCCGACGAGACCGCCGCCAAGCUGGAAGAUGAGCUGGUGUCACUGCAAAAGAAACUCAAGGGCACUGAAGAUGAACUGGACAAAUACUCCGAGGCUCUCAAAGAUGCCCAGGAGAAACUGGAGCUGGCGGAGAAAAAGGCCACAGAUGCUGAAGCUGACGUAGCUUCUCUGAACAGACGCAUCCAGCUGGUUGAGGAGGAGUUGGAUCGUGCUCAGGAGCGUCUGGCCACAGCUCUGCAGAAGCUGGAGGAGGCUGAGAAGGCUGCGGAUGAGAGCGAGAGAGGCAUGAAAGUCAUUGAAAGCCGAGCCCAAAAAGAUGAAGAGAAGAUGGAGAUUCAGGAGAUCCAGCUGAAAGAGGCGAAGCACAUUGCUGAGGAUGCUGACCGAAAGUAUGAAGAGGUGGCCCGUAAGCUGGUCAUCAUUGAGAGCGAUCUGGAACGUGCAGAGGAGCGGGCCGAGCUCUCAGAAGGCAAAUGUGCCGAGCUUGAAGAAGAAUUGAAAACGGUGACGAACAACUUGAAGUCACUGGAGGCUCAGGCUGAGAAGUACUCUCAGAAGGAAGACAAAUAUGAAGAGGAGAUCAAGGUUCUCUCUGACAAGCUGAAGGAGGCCGAGACUCGGGCUGAGUUUGCAGAGAGAUCAGUCACCAAAUUGGAGAAAAGCAUUGAUGACUUAGAAGACGAGCUGUACGCUCAGAAACUGAAGUACAAGGCCAUCAGCGAGGAGCUGGACCACGCUCUCAACGACAUGACCUCCAUGUAAAUGUCCAUGCACCCGCCUGCUUGCUCCCUCAUCCUCAUGCUUGUGUGAUGACCUCACCGUGUCUCCCUUCUCCGUCCGUGGUCUCCAUCUCUGCACCUUUCCUUGAUUCUCUUGCAUAACCUAGUAUAGGUUGUCUUUUUCAUAUUGUACUAACAAAGGCCAAGUGGAUUCAGUCCAUGCAAACCAUUCCAGGAUCCUUUUAUUCCAGGUACAACCAUUGCAGAUGCUAGCUUGUUUCUGCAGAGAGAUGAACUGGACUCUGAAUAGGCCCUGAGUAUCUCCCUUUAAAACCUUAAACCAGACUCUAGUAAAACUAGGAAGCCAUGAUGCAGUGGUGCAGGAGGUUAGGAAGAAAUACAAGUUUGUUUCCUGUGAUUCUUUGAGGUACAGUAUGGUCGUUUUCAGUUAAAACGGCAAGUUUAAAGUAUCAGAUUACUGAGGAUCUGAAGGAAAGGAACUGGGCAGUGACCCAGUAAAAAUCUCUCCUUCCCUUGUUAUGAAUUCCAGAGCAGGGCUGGGCGUGGAGGUACAUGCCUUUUGUCCUACCGUCUGGAAAGCAGAAGCAGGUGUAUCUCUGAGUUUGAGGCCAGACUGGUCUCUAGCAAGUUACCGACCAGCCAGGGCUACAUAGUAAGACCCCGUCUUAAAGAAAAGAAAGAAAAGAAUUGAAUUCCAGAGCAAAAAUGGUCUCCUGAGGAAUCAAGUCUUCUAUUUGAUAUGUUUAUGUUGGAUGAGAAUAACAAACCCCACAGUAAAUGCUCACCACAACGUACGUCAGAGAAGCAAGAAAUAAAACAUUUAUACAAUAUGAAUUUGGAAGUUAGUGGUCCAUAUUUUACUCUUGUGAGGCAGUAAUAGUUGCUUGGGGAAUCCUCAAACACAGAGAGCUAAUUUACAUAUUACUAACUGUCCUUGCACCACUUGGGAAUCUAACCCCUGGAGUGUUUCUUCUCUGUGUCUCUAACCCUGCUGGGUUCCAUCAAAGCUGGGAGUGGUAUUCCUCUAACCAUUCAGAAGCAUAGUAACUUCAGGAGCUGCUACAUGUGCCUGCUACCUGGGAGGUUCCGGGCAUCCUGUAGAGACCUGGCUGUCACCAUAGAAACAAGGGCCGGCCUCUUCUCCACCAUUAAUAAAGGAAGGGUGGAAUCAGCUUAUGUCUAGUCACGGUCCUCCGGAUCAAUAAAAUGGCACACUCCACAGGGAGAACUCUUGAGAGUGAUGGAAUGCCCCAGAAGGAGGAUUUAGCUUAAACUUUUGUUUUAAGUUCCGUGUAUGGCCCUUCCUCGAGGAUGGCCCAGGCCAGCCUUGGUCCAGGCUGCUGAGGAAGGCCUGUCCAGGGGCAGCCGGCGGUGGUGGGAUUUACCUGGCUUCAUACCUGCUUGCAUGUCAGACACUGCUAUCAUCUGUUUGAUUUUCUUCCUUUCCCCUUUUCCAUUGCUCCACUUGUUCUCUUUUACCUUUUAUUUCACGCAGAUAAGUUUCUUUGCUUCACUCCUCCCAAGACUCCUUCAUCAAGCUGGAUGUCCUACCUCUCUGAGCUCUGCAUCUGUCUGCUCUCCAGCUGACCCAGGUUUCUUUUUAGUGCCCACCCACCUGAGGGCCAGGCACAGACUGUGCUUUCUAUUGUACAGAAGCAAUUCACCCAGUGUAAAAUAAACACUGUACGCCAUUCCUGCUUGCUAUUCUUUUUCUCCUUAUUUAUUGGCAUUUUCGUCUCAACGCUCAAUAAAA